AUGCUUGCUCGCGGUGUACGAAAUGUUAUUUAUAAUUAUACGGAUGCUCAACGCAAAGUUCGAUCGGCAACAUCGAAUGAUGCAUGGGGUCCAUCACCAGCACUUAUGCAUGAAAUAGCUGAUUUAACUGAUAAUGUUGUUGCCUUUUCUGAAAUCAUGCCAAUUAUAUGGAAACGUUUAAAUGAUCAUGGUAAAAAUUGGCGUCAUGUUUAUAAAUCUCUUGUUUUACUUGAUCAUCUAAUAAAAUAUGGCAAUGAACGUGUUAGCCAACAAUGUAAAGAAAAUAUUUUUGCUAUACAAACAUUAAAAGAUUUUCAAUAUGUCGAAGAUCAAAAAGAUCAGGGUUUUAAUGUACGUGAAAAAGCUAAACAGUUAGUUGCUUUACUUAAAGAUGAUGAACGUUUACGUAAUGAACGCCGAAAAGCACAAGAAGCUCGUGAACGUUAUGCACGCCAAGCGAUGGGAAUGGAUUCAAGUGGUGCUGUUACAUAUGGCCGUCCAGCAAAUUCGACGUCAAUGCGACGUAAUAGUGCUGAAGGUGGAGAUCAUUUUAGUGGAACAUCAUAUCAACUCAAUUCGUAUACAACAAGCUCAACUGCACAUCGCUCAUCAUCCGUUAACGGAAAUCUUUAUCCAGCUGCAAGUAAAGAUUUUGUUCAACCAACUAAUCAAGAAGAAGAGCAAUUACAAAUGCAAAUUGCAUUAGCUGAAUCGCAACGUGAAGCUGAAGAUGAGGAACGUCGUCGUCGCAAUGACGAUUUAAAACUAAAAAUUGCAUUAGAACGAUCAGUUAAUGAAAAGUCACCAGAUGCAUUUAAUUCCGAAAGUUUUGAUUUUUAUUCCAAAUCUCAUCCUCUUGAUCCACCUCCGUUCGAAAUAAGUCAUCAACAUAAUGAUCCAUAUUUACCAUCAACAACAUCUAAUAUUGGAUGGAAUCCACCAAAUGUUCGACCAUCAAGUCAUCUUGGGUUUACCACUGCUACAAAUGAUCCAUGGUCAUCAGAACCAAGUGAUCGUAGUUCUACAAUGACAACCACAGCAACAAAUGAUCCAUGGCAAAUAGUUGCACCUUCAUCGACUACACAAGCUAAUCCAUGGACUGAGACUAAGCCUACAGCGACUAACAAUAGUACAGGCCUUUCUCUCAAUAUUGGUGAUCCUUGGGGUCUUGGUUUAAAUGAUUCUCAAACAAUAACAACUUUACCUCCAACAACAACUACUUCUAAAACAAUUGAUAAUGAAUUAAGUGAAUUUUUUGGAGCUAGUGCAACUAUUUCAACAUCUAAUAAUCAUCAACAACAGACAUCAUCAAAUCCAUGGAAUAUACCAUCAUCAAAUUUUCCAGUAGUAUCUAAUAAUUCAGGUUCAAUUUCACCACCGAAUACUGGUUUAAAUACUGGUGGCAGUUUACUUUAUCCAACACUUGCUAGUGGAAAUAAUUCCAAUUCAAAUAAUCCAAGUCCACUUCCAUCAGCAAUAUUAGCAUCUCGUAAAACACCUGAGAGUUUUCUUGGUGAAAACUUCAGUAAUUUAGUUAAUCUCGAUAAAUUGGUUACGGAUACAAAAACUACGAAUCCAUUUGGAUCAACGGCUACACGUGCUCAAAACCCAUUUGCUAAUUUAAUGAAACCGCCAACACUUGAUCAAUUAAGUUCAUCAAAUAAUACUGGUUUUACUAGUGGUUCACCAUUACCACCACCUCUCAUUCCUUCAUCAUUUAAUACAACUACUUCAACAAUAAAUACCAAUAAUCCAUUUAUGUGA